GUCUCAAUGCCUCCCAACAAUGUGACUGAAUUUGUUCUCCUGGGAUUCACACAGAAUCCACACUCGCAGAAAAUGCUCUUCAUUGUCUUUUUGCUCAUUUUCCUGUUUACCGUGUUGGCCAACCUGCUCAUUGUCAUCACCAUUUCCCUCAGUCCCACACUUUCUGCUUCCAUGUACUUCUUUCUCAUGCACUUGUCCUUCAUAGAUGCCUCCUUCAGCUCUGUCACCACCCCCAAAAUAAUCACUGACCUGCUGCACUGGAGGAGAACCAUCUCCUGGGGUGGCUGCCUGACUCAGCUCUUCAUGGAGCACUUCCUGGGAGCGUCAGAGACCAUCGUUCUCACUGUCAUGGCCUAUGACCGCCACGUGGCCAUCUGCAAGCCUCUGCACUACACGGCCAUCAUGCGACAGGGGCUCUGCCAGCUCCUGGUGGUGGUGGCCUGGACUGGGGGGAUCCUGCAUGCCAUGGUGCAGAUUCCUUUCACCAUGGACUUGACCUUCUGUGGCUCAAAUCUUAUUGACCACUUUAUGUGUGAUUUCUUCUCACUGUUAAAACUAUCCUGCAGCCACACCUGCACACUUGGAAUUGUGGUGGCAGCUAACACAGGGGGCAUGUGCUUUCUCAUCUUUGUCCUGCUUCUCAUCUCCUACAUAGUCAUCCUGAACUCCUUGAAAUUCCACAACUCUAAAGGACGACACAAAGCCCUCUCUACAUGUGGCUCCCACUUUACAGUAGUGGUACUCUUUUUUGCCCCUUGUAUAUUCACCUACAUGCGUCCUGUGGCUACUUAUCCUGUGGACAAAUUUGUGGCUAUGUUCUUUGCAAUCCUCACUCCCAUGUUAAAUCCUAUCAUAUACACAGUUAGAAAUGCAGAGGUGAAAAAUGCAGUGAAAGUUUUGCUGACUAGGAGAGUAACUUAG